AAUAAAUAUAAGAAAAGACGAGACCCACACAACCCAAGCAUGGUGUCAGAAGUGCUGUCGAAAAGAAUAUAAAGGAGAUUUCAAAGAAAAUGACGGAAAAAAUAUUCAUCACACACAUGAAGCCACUCUCAAUACAAAAUGGAGACAACGCAGCCGAAAAAUGGAAACAAUGGAGACUCCGGUUUGAAAUAUUUAUGGAUGCUAAUGAAAUUAGAAAAUAUCCAAACGAGAAACAGACAGCAAUUUUGUUAAACGCCAUUGGAGACGAAGGGAUUUCAAUUUUUCAAAGCUUCAACGUAGAUAGGAAUGUAAUAAAACUAGAAGAUCUACUCCAUAAAUUUGACGAAAAAUUUAAUCCACACACAAACGUAACGGUGGAGAGAUAUAAUUUUUUCACACGUAGUCAAAAAGAAGAUGAAUCAUUAGAGGAUUACUUGACAUUGUUGAAUAAUUUAGCAAGUAAUUGUAACUUUGGUCAAUUAAAAGAUGAACUCAUCAAAGACAUGUUAGUAAUUGGAAUUAAAAAUACAAAAAUAAAAGAAAGAUUGCUACAGGAAGAAAAUCUCACAACAGAAAUUGCCAUGAAGAUUGCAAAAAGUCUAGAAUUGUCACACGAAAGGUCUACUAAACUCGUCAACAAUACAAGUAUGUGUCACGACUCUGUCCAAGCCGUCAAAAGUACUCAAAAUACCAAAGGUCGUUGGAGGCCACAAGAAAGAGAUAAUCAAUAUAAUGAAUAUACUCAAAGAAACAAAUCACCAUUCAAGAAUGCAUCUAGAAGUAAGUCACCAGCCUACAACAACAACAUCUGUAAACGGUGUGGUCAAAUACAUAAAUACAAAUGUCCGGCUGAAGGUAAAACAUGUAACAUCUGCAAGCGUAAGAAUCAUUUUUCAAAUUUUUGUUUUUUCAAAGAUAAACAUAGAAGAAGCUAUCAAAAAGACAAUUAGUACCAAAUUUAGGCACUUGUUUUCUACAAUGUGAAUUUGAAAAUGGAUUGUCGACAAAAUUAUACUUUGUUGUGGUUGAUUGUAACUGCACACCAAUAAUUGGUUGGAAUUCAUGUGAAAAAUUAGGUAUUGUCAAAAGAAUAUUUACAAUUCAAGAUGAUCAAAAAGAAAGGUCAGUACAAAAUAUUGUUGCUAAUUACUCAAAUACCUUUGAAGGGUUAGGAUGUUUGCAAUACAAAGCACACUUGGAUAUUGAUCCAAAUGUAACACCUAAAGUUUGUCCAGUACGUAGAAUUCCAUAUUCAUUAGAAAAA